AUGCAGUGCUUGGUCGCCGGUCCAGCGCCGGUGGAUACGUGCACGCGAGCGCAGCUACGCACCGAUCAACCGAUCCCUACGCCAGGCCCAGGCGAGGUCGUAGUGCAAGUGGCCUACGCAUCCCACAAUCCACCGGAUGCCUACCCAUUUAUCCCGCAAUCGUUGGCAUUGCAGUACUGCAAGCCGGACUCGCACUUGGGCUGCGACUUUAGCGGCAUAGUGACCGCUGUAGGCACGCCAGGCCGAUGUGCUAUGCCGCCUGUUGGCGCCAAGGUAUAUGGCUGGGUGCCUGGCAACAUGGGCCAAUGGGGCGCCUUUGCUGAGUACAUUGUCGCAGACGCAGCGCUUGUCUUCAAAGUGCCGGAAGACGUCGCCAUGAACGAAGCGGCAGCGCUCUCUUUUAGCUUUUCCACAGCUGUACAUGCGCUUGGCAGCUGCAUGCACUUGGACAUUGAGCCGUCCUCUCACACGGCGCAGGAGCCCGUGCUGGUAUGGGGCGGUGGCACAGCCUGUGGAUUCUACGCGACGCAGAUCCUCAAAAUCGCCGGCUACACAGUGAUCUCUGUGGGAGGCCAGGCAAAGGCAGGCGCCGAUACCAUCCUCUCUCGGCAUGAUGUUCCAGCAGCCAUUCGCACCAUUUGUCAGCAAUGGCCACAGCUGCGCUUCGCUAUCGACUGCUUCGGAUCGCAGGAGACCGGCGAAGCAUGUCAACGUGCGCUGGGUGAAGCAGGGGGUCUUGUGCACACGCUCCUUCCUGUGAAAGUACUACCUGAGCUGGAAGGCAAAGUAACAACGCAAUUUGAGCUGGUCCAUGCGAUGUUCGGCCGGCCGCUGGAUGUAUUUAAGCUGCUUGACACAUACCCAUCCGACGAGAUCCUCGUGCGUGAUUACAACCUUGCUCUACGAUGGGGCGCCUACGACCAAGGCUGGCUCUACCGACUGCUUUCCGAGCACAAACUGCAGUUGCUUCCCGUCACGAUGUGGCCGCCAAGCGACGCGCCACAAGACCGCGGGCUGGUUGGCGUACAGAACGCAUUGGAAAGCUUCACUGCGCACACGAUUGGCGUCAAGGCAGGCGUGGUACCGUUCCCGACAGGUAAAGUCGUGCAUCAAAUUCAGACACUAUCGUAA